AGUAAGUUUGGAGAAGAAUCCUGUCGUUUUCUCGUACUGAAGCAGAUAGAUUGGUCGAAUAAUUGCUUCAAUCUUAGUUGUCUUUUUUGCUCAUUUCAUUUCUUGUUCGGUAAUAGCUUUUCACUUGUCAUGUAUUCUCUGAUUCUCCAUGGAAGGAAGUUGGUCGAAUUGCAGAAAUGGCGUCAUUUAAGAGUUUCAAUGCAAAAGGCAUCUCCUUUAUCCAAUUCCUUCUCCUCUGCUGCUGAUGUGAGCCUUGGAGAUGGUCGAAAAGGCAAGACUUUCACAGUCUCUUACCUCGUUGAUUCUUUGGGUUUAUCUAAAAAGCUCGCAGAGUCGAUUUCAAGGAAAGUCAGCUUCGAGGACAAGGCCAAUCCUGAUUCUGUUCUGAAUCUUUUGAGAAGUCACGGGUUCAAAGAUACUCAGAUCUCCAGCAUCAUUACGAAUUACCCACGAUUGCUUACAUUAGAUGCUGAGAAAUCACUUGGUCCUAAGCUUCAGUUUCUGCAGUCUAGAGGAGCUUCAAGCUCUGAGCUCACUCAGAUUGUUUCUACAGUUCCUAAAAUCUUGGGAAAGAGAGGGCACAAAACUAUCAGCAGAUACUAUGAUUUCGUCAAAGUCAUUAUAGAAGCGGACAAGAGUUCCAAGUAUGAGAAGUUAUGUCAUUCUUUGCCACAUGGUAGUAAGCAGGAGAACAAAAUCCGAAAUUUAUUGGUUUUGAGAGAACUGGGGGUGCCUCAGAGGUUGUUAUUCUCCUUGCUCAUCUCCUCCAAUCAACAUGUCUGCUGUGGAAAAGAAAAUUUUGAAGCGUCACUUAAAAAGGUCGUUGAUAUGGGUUUUGAUCCCACCACCUCAACGUUUGUCGAAGCCCUGUGCACUGUUUACGGAAUGAGCGACAAAACAGUAGAAGAAAAAGUUGAAGUCUAUAAAAGGUUAGGCUUUGCUGUUGAAGAUGUAUGGGCAAUGUUCAAGAAGUGGCCACUCUCUCUUACAAACUCGGAGAAGAAGGUAGCCAACUCCAUUGAAACAUUUCUUGGUCUAGGAUUCUGCAGAGAUGACUUUGUAAGUAUGGUCAAGCGGUUUCCUCAGUGCAUUGGAUUAUCUGCUGAGUUGGUGAAGAAGAAGACUGAGUUUGUGGUGAAAAAGAUGAAUUGGCCACUAAAGGCUCUGGUUUCAAACCCUCAGGUACUUGGAUUAAGCAUGGAGAAGAGGAUUGUCCCAAGGUGUAACGUAAUCAAAGCUCUCAUCUUAAAAGAUCUGCUUGGAGACACAAGAAGCAAACUCCCUCCACUCCGUCCAGGGCUCACUUUGGAAAUUCGAAAGGAAAAUCCGGAUUCUGUUGUGAGUCUUCUUACAAGUUAUGGGUUCACAAAGUCUCAGAUUUCAAGUAUCAUUACGAUUUACCCACGAUUGCUUAUAUUAGAUGCUGACAAAUCCAUUGCUCCUAAGCUUCAGUCUCUGCAGUCCAGAGGAGCUUCAAGCUCUGAGCUUACUGAGAUUGUUUCUACAGUUCCUAAGAUCUUGGGAAAGAGAGGGAACAAAUCUGUAACUGUAUACUAUGAUUUCGUCAAAGACAUCAUAGAAGCCGAUAAGAGUUCUAGUUACGAAAAGUUAUGUCAUUCUUUUCCACAGGGUAACAAGGAGAACAAGAUCAGAAAUAUCUCUGUUUUGAGAGAAUUGGGUGUGGCUCAGCGUUUGUUAUUUCCCUUGCUCAUCUCUGAUAGCCAACCUGUUUGUGGGAAACAAAGGUUUGAAGAAUCGCUGAAGAAGGUUGUUGAGAUGGGUUUUGAUCCGGAGACCUCAAAGUUUGUUGAAGCUCUGCGCGUUAUUUACAGAAUGAGCGACAAAACAAUAGAAGAAAAAGUCAAUGUUUACAAAAGGUUAGGCUUUGGUGUGGCUGAUGUAUGGGCAAUCUUCAUGAAGUGGCCUUCUUUUUUGUCAUACUCAGAGAAGAAGAUAACUCAUACGUUUGAAACCCUUAUGAGGUGUGGUCUGCUCAAACACGAGGUCCUGUCAUUGAUAAAGAAGCAUCCAAAGUGCAUUUGUUCUUCAGAGCAGAAGAUAGUGAACUCCAUUGAAACAUUUUUAGGCCUAGGAUUCAGCAGAGACGAGUUUGCAGUGAUGAUCAAGCGUUAUCCUCAAUGCAUUGACUAUACUGCCGAGACAGUGAAGAAGAAAACUGAUUUUAUUGUGAGGAAGAUGAAUUGGCCACUAGAGGGUUUGGUUUUGAUCCCUCAGAUAUUUGGAUACAGCCUAGAGAAGAGGACUGUCCCAAGGUGUAACUUACAAUAUAUUGUUGAUCAAUCAUAUGAGCAAGUUUUCGAAGAACUAGUGAUAAAAGCAGAAAGGGAGGUUUGUAAUAGGAAAGAAAUUGAAGCACUCGUUGAGGAGAAUUUGGCAAGAAGCAAUAGGAUGCUUGUUAACCCUUGUGUUGAGAAACCUGAAGAAGACAUAGAAGGGUUUCUCACAGUGCAAAAGGCUUCUUCUUUUUCCACUAGUGAUGCGCUUGUGAGCACUAAAGAUUGUCGAAAAGGGGAGAUUUUUACGGUCUCUUACCUCGUUGAUUCUCUUGGUUUAACUAGAAAGCUCGCAGAAUCAAUCUCCAAGGGCAAGGCAAAUCCCGAGUCAGUUCUGAGUCUUUUGACUAGUCAUGGGUUCACAGAUUCUCAGAUCUCCAGCAUCAUUACGAUUUAUCCACGAUUGUUUUUAUUAGAUGCUAAGAAAUCACUUGCUCCCAAGCUUAAGUUUUUGCAGUCCAGAGGAGCUUCAAGCUCUGAGCUCACCGAGAUUGUUUCAAAGGUUCCGGAAAUAUUGGCAAAGAAAGGAGACAAAACGCUAAGCAGAUACUAUGAUUUCGUCAAAGUCAUUGUUGAAGCAGAUAAGAGUUCCAAUUACGACAAGUUAUGUCAUUCUUUGCCUGUGGGUAAUCUGGAGAAUAAAAUCCGGAAUAUAUCGGUUUUAAGAGAACUCGGUGUGCCUCAGAGGUUGUUAUUCCCCUUGCUCAUCUCUAGUGGGGGACAUGUCAAUGGGAAAGAAAGGUUUGGAGAAUCAAUUAAGAAGCUUGUUGAGAUGGGUUUUGAUCCGACCACUACAAAGUUUGUCAAAGCUUUGCGCAUUGUUCAGGGAUUGAGCGAAAAAACAAUAGAAGAAAAAGCCAAUCUCUAUAUAAGUUUAGGCUUUGAUGAUGUAUGGGAAAUUUUUAACAAGUAUCCAAUCUUUAUGGCGCUCUCUGAGAAGAACAUAUUGAACUCUGUAGAAACAUUUCGAGGUCUAGGAUUCAGCAGAGAUGAAUUUGCAAAUAUGGUCAAGAGCUUUCCUCAGGGCAUUGGAUUAUCCGCAGAGACGGUUAAAAAGAAGACUGACUUUCUGGUGAAGAAGAUGAAUUGGCCACUAAAGGCCCUGGUUUCAAACCCUGAGGUACUUGGAUACAACAUGGAGAAGAGAAUUGUACCAAGGUGUAACGUAAUUAAAGCUCUCAUGUCCAAAGGACUGCUCGGAGACACAGGAAGCAAACUCCCUCCAAUCGGGUCUGUUUUGAAGUGUACCAGUCAGGGUUCGGUAAUCGCUUUGAAUUGUCAUGUAUUCUCUGAUACUCCAUGGAAGAAGCUUAGUCGAGUUGCAGAAAUGUCUCCUAGAGAUGGUAGAAAAGGGAAGCGCUUUACAGUCUCUUACCUCGUUGAUUCAUUGGGUUUACAUAAAAAGCUCGCAGAAUCGAUUUCAAGGAAAGUUAGCUUCGAGGACAAGGGCAAUCCUGAUUCUGUUCUGAGUCUUUUUAGAAGUCAUGGUUUCACAGAUUCUCAGAUCUCUAGCAUGAUUGGGAUUUACCCACGAUUGCUUAUACUAGAUGCUGAGAAAUCUCUUGGUCCCAAGCUUCAGUUUUUGCAGUCCAGAGAAGCGUCAAGCUUUGAGCUCACUCAGAUUGUUUCAAAGGUUCCGGAAAUAUUGGGAAAGAAAGGGGACAAAACUAUUAGCGUAUACUAUGAUUUCAUCAAAGACACUUUACAUGAUAAGAGUUCCAAGUACGAAAAGUUAUGUCAUUCUUUUCCACCGGGUAAUCUAGAGAACAAGAUCAGAAAUGUAUCGGUUUUAAGAGAAUUGGGCAUGCCUCACAAGUUGUUAUUCUCCUUGCUCAUCUCCGAUAGCCAACCUGUAUGUGGGAAAGAAAAAUUUGAAGGAACCCUCAAGAAGGUUGUUGAGAUGGGUUUUGAUCCAACCACCGGAAAGUUUGUCGAAGCUCUAAACGUUAUUUACAAAAUGAACGAGAAAACAAUCGAAGAAAGAUUUGAUCUCUAUAAAAGCUUAGGCUUUGAUGUGGGAGAUGUAUGGUCAAGUUUUAAAAAGUGGCCAAUCUCUCUGAGAGUAACGGAGAAGAAAAUGUUGGACUCCAUUGAAACAUUUCUUGGCCUAGGCUUCAGCAGAGAUGAGUUUGCGAAGAUGGUCAAGCACUUUCCUCCGUGCAUUGGAUUAUCUACAGAGAUGGUCAAAAAGAAAACUGAGUUUUUGGUGAAGAAGAUGAAUUGGCCACUAAAGGCUCUGGUUUCAAACCCUGCGGUACUUGGAUACAGCCUGGAGAAGAGGAUCGUCCCAAGGGUCUUUGUCAUGUAUUCUCUGAUUCGCCAUGGAAGAAAGUUGGUCGAAUUGCAGAAAUGGCGUCAUUUGAGAGUUUCAGUGCAAAAGGCAUCUCCUUUAUCCAAUUCCUUCUCCUCUGCUCCUGCUGCACGUUCGAGUCCUAGAAUUGGUCGAAAAGGUAACAACUUUACAGUCUCUUACCUCGUUGAUUCUUUGGGUUUAACUAGAAAGCUCGCAGAAUCGAUUUCAAGGAAAGUCAGCUUCGAGGAUAAGGGCAAUCCUGAGUCUGUUCUGAAUCUUUUUAGAAGUCAUGGGUUCACUGAUUCUCAGAUCUCAAGCAUCGUUACGGAUUAUCCACAAUUGCUUAUACUAGAUGUUGAGAAAUCACUUGGUCCCAAGCUUCAGUUUCUGCAGUCUAGAGGAGCUUCAAGCUCUGAGCUCACUGAGAUUGUUUCACAAGUUCCGAAAAUCUUGGGAAAGAGAGGGCACAAAACUAUCAGCGUAUACUAUGAUUUCAUCAAAGACACUUUAUUACAUGAUAAGAGUUCCAAGAAGGAAAAGUUGUCUCAUUCUUUUCCACAGGGUAAUCUCGAGAACAAGAUCAGAAAUAUAACCGUUUUGAGAGAAUUGGGAGUGCCUCACAAGUUGUUAUUCCCCUUGCUCACCUCUUGUGACGUACCUGUCUUCGGUAAAGAAAAAUUUGAAGAAUCCCUCAAGAAAGUUGUUGACAUGGGUUUUGAUCCGACCUCUGCAAAGUUUCUCGAAGCUCUACGCGUUGUUCAAAGAUUGAGCGACAAAACAAUAGAAGAAAAAGUCAAUGCGUAUGAAAGGUUAGGCUUUGAUGUGGGAAAUGUAUGGGAAGUGUUCAAGAGGUGGCCAAACUUUCUGACACACUCGGAGAAGAAGAUAUUGAGCACCAUUGAAACAUUUCUAGGCCUAGGAUUCAGCAGAGAUGAGUUUUCCAUGUUGGUUAAGCGCUUUCCUCAGGGCAUUGGAUUAUCCGCAGAGACGGUUAAAAAGAAGACCGAGUUUCUGGUCAAGAAGAUGAACUGGCCAAUAAAGGCUUUGGUUUCAAACCCUGCGAUACUUGGAUACAGCAUGGAGAAGAGGACUGUCCCAAGGGGUAACGUAAUCAAAGCUCUCAUCUCCAAAGGAUUGAUCGGAAGUGAACUCCCUUCAAUAUCGCAUGUCUUCAUAUGUACCAAUCAGGAGUUCUUAAACAGGGGGACUGGAAACCUGUCCUACAUCAUUAGGACUCAUAAAUCAGAUUAUCAUCCUGUUCAAGUAGAGGGUAGGGUCGGACUAGCUUUCAACACUGUAGCAUUUGUUGAAUUUUGUUUGGCUCCUUUUCGAGUGCAAAAGGCAUAUCCUUUAUCCAGUUACUUCUCCUCUGCUGCUGAUGCAAGCCUUAGAGAUGGUCUAAAAGGGAAGAACUUUACCGUCUUUUACCUCGUUGAUUCAUUGGGUUUACCUAAAAAACUCGCAGAAUCGAUCUCAAGGAAAGUUAGUUUCGAGGACAAGGCAAAUCCUGAGUCUGUUCUGAAUCUUUUGAGAAGUCAUGGUUUCACUGAUUCUCAAAUCUCCAACAUCGUUACGGAUUUUCCACAAUUGCUUAUAGCAGAUGCUGAGAAAUCACUUGGUCCCAAGCUUCAGUUUCUGCUGUCUAGAGGACCUUCAAGCUCUGAGCUCACUCAGAUUGUUUCUGAAGUUCCGAGAAUCUUGGGAAAGAAAGGGCACAAAACUAUCAGCGUGUACUAUGAUUUCAUCAAAGAAACUUUACUUGAGAAGAGUUCCAAGAAGGAAAAGUCAUGUCAUUCUUUUCCACAGGGUCAUCUGGAGAACAAGAUCAGAAAUGUAUCCGUUUUGAGAGAAUUGGGAAUGCCUCACAAGUUGUUAUUCCCCUUGCUCAUCUCCAACCACCAACCGGUAUGGGGAAAAGAAAAAUUUGAAGAAACCCUCAAGAAGGUUGUUGAGAUGGGUUUUGAUCCAACCACAACAAAGUUUGUCAAAGCUCUAAACGUUGUUCAAGGAUUGAGCCACAAAACUAUAGAAGAAAAAGUUAAUAUCUGCAAAAGAUUAGGCUUUUUUGAUGUAUGGGCAAUGUUCAAGAAGCAUCCUUCCUUUUUAUAUUUCUCGGAGAAGAAGAUAUUUAACUCCGUUGAAACGUUUCUUGGCCUAGGAUUCAGCAGAGAUGAGUUCACGAAAAUAGUCAAAAAGCAACCAAUCUGUCUUAGUUAUUCAGCAGAGUCGGUGAAGAAGAAGACUGAGUUUUUGGUGAAGAAGAUGAAUUGGCCACUAAAGGCUGUUGUUUUGAACCCUUCGAUACUUGGAUAUAGCCUUGAGAAGAGGAUUGUACCAAGGUGUAACAUUAUCAAAACUCUCAUGUCCAAAGGAUUGCUCGAAGACAGAGGAGGCCAACUCCCUCCAAUGCGGCCUGUUUUGAUGAGUACCGAUCAGGAUUUCUUAAACUUGUUGGUCGAAUUGCAGAAAUGGCGCCAUUUGAGAUUUGCUCUGCAAAAUGCAUCUCCUUUGUCCAAUUCCUUCUCUUCUGCUUCUGCUGCUGCUGAUGUGAGCUCAAGAGAUGGUCGAAAAGGAAAGAACUUUACGGUCUCUUACCUCGUUGAUUCAUUGGGUUUCACUACAAAACUCGCAGAAUCGAUCUCAAGGAAAGUUAAUUUCACGGACAAGGCAAAUCCGGAUUCUGUUCUGAGUCUUUUGAGAAGUCAUGGCUUCAUAGAUUCUCAGAUCUCCUGCAUCAUUACCGAUUAUCCAGAAUUGCUUAUACUAGAUGCUGAGAAAUCACUUGGUCGCAAGCUUGAGAUUCUGCAGUCUAGAGGAGCUUCAAGCUCUGAGCUCACUGAGAUUGUUUCUACAGUUCCGAGAAUCUUAGGAAGGAAAUCUAUCACUGUAUACUAUGAUGCUGUCAAAGACAUUAUAGUAGCUGAUAAAAGUUCGAGUUAUGAACUCCCACAGGGUUCUCACGGGAAUAAAAUCCGAAAUGUAUCUGUUUUGAGAGAAUUGGGUAUGCCUCAGUGGUUGUUAUUACCCUUGCUUGUCUCCAAAUCGCAGCCUGUGUGUGGGAAAGAAAAUUUUGAUGCAUCCCUUAAGAAGGUUGUUGAGAUGGGUUUUGAUCCCACCACCUCUAAGUUUGUUGUAGCUUUGCGCAUGCUUUACCAAAUGAGCGAGAAAACGAUUGAAGAAAAAGUUGUAGUCUAUACAAGUGUAGGUUUUACUUUGGAUGAUGUUUGGGAAAUUUUCAAGAAGACUCCUACUGUUUUGAAAGUCUCCAAGAAGAAGAUAUUGAAGUCUGCUGAAACAUUUCUAGGCUUAGGAUAUAGCAGAGCUGAGUUUUUGAUGAUGGUCAAGCGUUAUCCUCCUUGCAUUGAAUAUUCUCUAGAGUCGGUUAAAAGGAAGAAUGAGUUUCUGGUGAAGAAGAUGAAUUGGCCACUAAAUGCCUUGGUUUUGCACCCUCAGGUGUUUGGAUACAGCAUGGAGAAGAGGAUUAUACCAAGGCACGUCGAAGAAGUGUCCAAAGAGACCAAAUUAGGCACUACUUCUCUUCCAAAAACUACUACCAAAGGCAUUGGAGCUCAGCUUUUUGCUUAUGGCACAACUUUCAGCAGCAGUAAUGUCUAUAGCUCUGCUAGAGCUUUUAAGAGUCCCAAAGGUCCAGAGGCCGAUGCAUACGAAAAUGGCUACACAAGUACCAGCGGACAAGUCUAUGCCAAGGGUCCCAAAGCAAGAGUUUCUUCUAAAAGUGAUUCUUCCGCUAAAGGGGAAGCUGCAGCUGCAGCGACUCGCAAAGCUGCUGCUGCACGUGCAAAAGGUUAUGUAAAAUCCGACUCAAGGGUGAAGGGCAGUUCCUCUGGGAAGAAGAAGGGCCACAAAGGAAAAAAGGACGAUUGAGCGUGAGGUGAUCUCAUGCAUGCGUAUUCCUCAAACCUAUUAAUAAUAUCCUACAAACUACAAACUCGAAAUCUCUUUUGUGUUCAUAAAUAAAACCAGAGAUUGUCA